AUCACGUGAGACGUCGUAAUCCACGCCUACGCACGUGAACGUAUUUUGAAACAACGAUGUCGCUUGAGUUUCAGGACAAUUUCUGGGAAAACGGCGGGUUCGAGGAGCUGCGAAAAUACAUGAAAUCAGGACAGGACUUCUGCCGGGAUGUCGCAGGGAUACUACAUGAAAGAGCGGAGGUUGAGCUGGAGUACGCUAAGAGUAUGGCACGAGUGGUCGGAAAGGCGCUGCGGAUACAGAGAAACCAGCUGGGGACAUUGAAGACUGCAUGGGAUACGGUUGUUGCAAGGAUGAAUGCUGAAGGCGAGGCGCAUCGGAAACUUGGCCAAGAUAUGAUAAACGACUUAUCUAAGCCUCUCAAACUCUUUGCAGACAAUCAGACUAAAGCACGGAAACCGAUUGAGGCUCCUGUUGAUAAGGCAACAAAAACUUUAUCAGACAAGCGGAAUGAUGAGUUGAGAUCCAAAAGAUCCAAUCAUGCAAAAGCACGAGAACGUGAGCUUGCAAUCGAACAACUAGAAGAAGCCAAGAAUGUGCGAAAACCAGACAAAGAAGUCCAGAAAGUGGAAGUAAAAGUUGAGAAGGCUACAGAAGUGGCAGCAAAACAAGACCAUGAAUACUUGGACAUGUGUCGAAAAGCAGAGGAGGCAAGACAGUCGUGGGAAACGGCAAUGUACAAUUGCUGCCAGAGAUUUCAAGGCAUGGAAACAGAGAGAUGCAUACACAUGAGAGAAGUCUUUACCAAGUACAGUGGGAUGCUGGCCAGUGUAGCUCCUUUGUUUCAAGAGAGUUGUGAAGGAAUUAAUCGUGACACAAGUGUCAUCAACCCAGCAUAUGACAUCUCUGAUGCAAGUCAAAAAUUUGGUACAGCGAAGAAUACCCCUGAUCAAGUUCUUUACACUUGCUAUGAAGAUGACCUCAAUUCAAACAUGAAUGCUAACAGGAGACGAGGAGCACUCUCUCAAAGACUGGGUGAAUUGCAAAAACUAGUCAAACAGGCAAGGAAAGUACAAGAAGGCAUAGCCAACCUUUCCUCUGUCUACAAGGAAACACCACAAUAUGCAACAGAUGAAGCUCAGAAUGACGUUUACAGACAGCUGGCAUCAGCUAAUGCAAUGAUUGACUACUACGAUGGCUGCCGAUACAGACUGUUAUGUGCUUUCAAUGAAUUGGAAGGCCAACCGAAAUCUGAACACCGGUUAUCUACAUUCUUGUCAUCUACUCGAGACAAACAGAAUGUUGUCCAUGCUUUGCUUCGUGUGUCUGUUGGAAAGGGAGGCAUGCGUGAUGUUCCUGCUACUGAUGAUGAUGCUGAUGUUUUAUCCGCGCUGUCACAGAGUAGUUCUGCACCGCCAUCUCAGGAUAAAGCAGCACCUGCUGCUAAAACUGGAAAACCACCUGCACGUCCUUCAAGCUCACCUGCACGUCCCCCACAUCACACAGUCCCACCUGUUGUUAAUGCUCAACAGCAACCAGCAGAUGUAGGUCAUUCUGACCAACAUUCUGCUGACGAAUUUGAUGAUGAUGAUGAUGAUUUUGAUGACUACGGAGGCCAAGAAACGGAAGCAACUAUUGGAGUACCUUCAGAUGAAAUACAGUUUAUCUGUCAAUGUGAAGCUCUGUAUGACUAUACUGCCAACGAGUCAGAUGAGCUAACUAUUGCUCCAGGUGACGUCAUCAACGUAAUAAGCAAACAAGAAGAUGGUUGGUGGCAAGGAGAAUUGAAUGGCAGCGUGGGGAUUUUUCCAGCAACCUACGUAACUGUUUUAUUAUAAA